AUGAACCCAUCCAUUCCACCCUCAACAGCCGAAUACGGCGGAGAUGAGGUUUCUGCGAUCGUACUUGACCCGGGCUAUUCCACAACACGCGCUGGAUUCGCUGGUGAGGAUACACCGAAAUCAUUAAUUCCGACGUAUUACGGCAAAUACACCUACGACAGUCAGGAAAAGUUGAUAUUCGGGGACGAUGUCUUCGUCACCCCCCGUCCUGGUCUUUCAGUCCACAAUCCCAUGGGUCAGGACGGGAUAGUAGAAGACUGGGACAUGGCCGAGAAAGUAUGGGAAUAUUCAUUCACCUCGCGCCUCACAGGACCCAGACCUGGAAAUCCCUUACACAAUGGAUUGAAUGACACUCCAGACAACGAGCUGCCUACGGAAAUGGAGGGUGUCGAAACCGAAGAAAAGCCUCUCGCGGACAGCCCGUUGUUGAUGUCGGAACCUGGUUGGAACCCCACUAAGGCUCGCGAGAAGACCAUCGAGAUUGCUAUGGAGAAAUGGGGCACUCCAGCCUUCUAUCUAGCGAGGAAUGGCGUUCUCGCAGCCUUCGCGGCCGGCAAAGCCUCGGCAUUGGUUAUCGACAUCGGUGCUUCCAAUAUAUCUAUCACUCCGGUUCAUGAUGGGAUGAUUCUGAAGCGAGGAGUUCAGCAUUCCCCGCUUGGAGGAGAAUAUAUCUCGUCGCAGCUCCGCGCUCUCUUCAAGACGAAUACACCGCAACCGAUCACCAUAACACCCCAUUAUCUCAUUUCCUCCAAAAUUGCUGUGGAUGCCGGACAGCCUCCACAAGCCAAGUAUAAGACUUUUUCACCUGAGAAGGCUCCACAUGCUACCUAUCGCACUUUACUCGAGGAGCGCACGCUGUGCGAAUUUAAGGAAUGCGUGGUCCAGGUUUGGCCUGGGCCCAAUAAGCUUUCUGGAACGGGUCCAAAUGGAGUUUUGAACGAAGACCUUGCCAAAACCAGUCCCGGGCGGCCUUUCGAGUUUCCUGACGGCUAUAAUCAGGUCUUUGGUGUCGAUCGUUAUCGAGUCGUCGAGUCGCUCUUUGACGCCAAGGCCGCGAUUCCGGACCCUGAAUCGAUUUUCCCACCAGCCACACAGGCGCAGACCGUGCCCGAGUUGAUCAAGAAUGCACUGAAUGGUGUCGAUGUGGACGUUCGCCCACAUCUCUUGGCGAAUGUUGUUGUGACAGGCGCCUCAAGCUUGCUCUAUGGUUUCACAGACCGCUUGAACCAAGAGUUAAUGCAGAUGUACCCAGGGCCGCGCGUGCGUAUCUCAGCCCCAGGAAACACCGCAGAACGAAAAUUCGGCUCUUGGAUCGGUGGAAGUAUUCUGGCCAGUCUCGGAACUUUCCACCAGCUAUGGAUCUCGAAGAAAGAGUUCGAGGAGCAUGGGUCUAACAUCGUUGAGAAGCGGUGUAAGUAA